CCAGCCCUCGCAAGAGGUGGUCGCGGACGAAGGGGAGGUCGCGGACGUGGCCUUGGAGGCCGCGGCAGCCGUGGCAGUCGAGGUCGAGCCGAGCCUGUGUGCGAUGACGAUGUGGCAUCGUGCGUCCUCUCCUUUUCCUUCGAGUGCGACGGCGGGAAGUGGGGCGUGCGGCUGGGCGGCACGCAGUACGCCGUCGUCGUCACCACCUUUGAGGGUGGACUCGCUCACGGCGUGCUCCGCUCGAGCGACGUCCUCCUUUCUCUCGGUGGCGCUCGCUUGCCAAUGGGGCACGAGGCGGCGACGGCCGCCCUCAGGAAGGCUCGCGGUAGAGUAGAGCUGCUUCUGCACCGGGGCGGCAGGCAGAGUGUGUUUGAGGCGGCUGCCGGCAAGUCGGCGCCUGCCCGCCUCUCGCGGCUGGAGGGGUUCGCGGCGGCGAGCCUCGGCGCUGAGGGCCGCGGGUUCCGCCCCGGGCGGAAGAGGCCGCCUUUGGAUCCCGGACCCUUCCCGGACCCUUCCUGCAGGCUGCCCUCCGGCUGGGGAGAGCCGACUGCCGCAGCGGCUAGAGGCGCUCGAGGCGGCUCUCGGCGGGAGGGUCGGCGGCGGCGAGGGGCUGGUGCAGCGGCUAGACCGACUGGAGGAUCAUGCCCUGGCCGCCUCCACUGCCCUGCGCAGCGGUGAGCUGCCCAGCGCGCUGCCGCUGUCGGCCAAGGCGCUCGCCGCCGCCGCCGCGCGGCGACGCGAGAGGGAGGGGUCGGCGGCGGCCUCCGCUGCGGCCUCCUCGCGCGACGUGCGGAGAAAGUUCCGGAACAGCCGUUUGG